GAAAGAAGAAGAAAAGCACAGACUAGCCAUCUAAAACACAAACACAUUGACACAGACACAUGUCCACUGACAUACUGACCACUCCUGCUCACACAAGUAAGGGAAGAGGCUAUUCUGGAUCUGUACAGCCCUGUGGACUUGGUGGGAGGGGAGGAGAAGUUUCUCCAAAGACAAGCUUGGAUCACUCUGCAAGACGAUGCCUUCCUCUUGCCUAGUCUCCCAAGCAGAUCAGUGGAUUUGGUAAUUCCUCAGAUUAUUUAUUUCAGCAAGUUUUUCAGAGGGACUGAGAGAGACUGAUCCAGAGAAUGCUCCCACAAGUCAUAAGGAUUCUAUAUGUCUUGUCUUUUUGCUUUUUCCAAGGAGGCUUUAUCAGACCAAGCUCCUGUAAGGAGGAGAUAAAGCCGUCCAGCCGGGCAGGGCCACAGCUGUCCCCGUCUGACUUCCUGGACAAGCUCAUGGGUAGAACGUCUGGCUAUGACGCCCGCAUCCGACCCAACUUCAAAGGGGAACCUGUAAAUGUCUCCUGCAAUAUAUUUAUUAACAGCUUUGGGUCCAUCACCGAGACAACAAUGGACUACAGGCUCAAUGUGUUCCUACGGCAAAAGUGGAAUGACCCCCGACUGGCAUAUAGUGAAUACCCCGAUGACUCUUUGGACCUGGAUCCCUCCAUGUUGGACUCCAUCUGGAAGCCUGACCUCUUCUUCGCCAACGAGAAAGGGGCCAACUUCCAUGAGGUCACCACUGACAAUAAACUGCUGAGGAUCUUCAGAGAUGGCAGUGUGCUAUAUAGUAUAAGGCUGACUCUUAUCCUGUCCUGCCCUAUGGACUUGAAGAAUUUCCCAAUGGACAUUCAGACCUGUACCAUGCAGCUUGAAAGCUUUGGGUACACCAUGAAUGACUUGUUCUUUGAGUGGAUGAGUGACGGGCCGGCCGUGCAAGUGGCUGAGGACCUGACUCUCCCCCAGUUUGUGUUGAAGGAGGAGAAGGACCUGGGCUACUGCACCAAGCAUUAUAACACAGGGAAGUUCACCUGCAUCGAGGUCAAAUUCCACCUGGAGCGUCAGAUGGGCUACUACCUGAUCCAGAUGUACAUCCCCUCCCUCCUCAUCGUCAUCCUCUCCUGGGUCUCCUUCUGGAUCAACAUGGACGCCGCGCCCGCCCGGGUGGGCCUGGGGAUCACCACGGUGCUCACCAUGACGACCCAGAGCUCGGGCUCCAGAGCCUCGCUGCCUAAGGUGUCCUACGUGAAGGCCAUUGACAUCUGGAUGGCGGUGUGUCUACUGUUUGUGUUUGCUGCUCUGCUGGAGUACGCAGCGGUCAACUUUGUCUCGCGGCAACACAAGGAGUUCAUCAGGCUGAGGAAGAAACAACGACGGCAGAGAAUAGUCUUUGCCAGUAUGCCGGGAAGUGUCGAGUCACUGGGGAAAGUGACUGACAUGCCUGGUAACAACGGGACUGUGAUGCAGCACUGCAGCGCCUGUGCCAGGGAAGAGGAACUGGUGAGGGAGAGCCGUGGGUUUUACUUCGGGGGUUAUGGCCUGGGUCACUGCCUGCAGACCAAGGAUGGCACCGCCGUGGAGGGCGCCUCGGUCUUUGCCCCGCCGCCACGAGUAGCCACCGUACACGACAGCGAGGCGCUCCGCAAACGCUUUGUGGACCGGGCCAAGCGCAUCGAUACUAUAUCACGAGCUGUCUUCCCCCUGAGUUUCCUCAUAUUCAACAUCUUCUACUGGGUCACAUACAAAGUGCUGCGACAUGAGGACAUCCAUGCAAACUUGUAAUUGGCUCUCUCAUCUCCAGAUACCCUCCUCCUCAAUGUUUCUUGUUACGUUUCCUAGCAUUUCUUAGAACCAAAACUGCCUGUCAGAGCUACAUUGGCCGGUGAGGAUUUUUUGGGGAGGCGUAUUCUGCUGCGACAUUGUUGUUGAUGCUAUAGCCUACACUACGUGCUCAGGUGCGUUUUCAGAAUUGCAGAGAGAAAGAGAAAAAGAGGGGGGGGGGGCAGAGUGAACAAAUGUUAUUGUUAGUUUAUUGUUUGUUGUUGGGUUCUCUUCAUCUUUGUCUUCUAGUUUUGGCUGGAUUACCAUCAGAGCCAUUACAGUGCUGGUAUCUGGAACUGGAUGAAAAAUACUGACUUGAAUUUUGCCACUAAUCACAUCUUUGAAUGAAUGUUUUUGAAAAUUCUCAAGAUAAUGGCUUUUUUACACCUUAGAUUGCCAAAAUAUAUGGGGUCUUUGAUAUUUCAGAGUAUUCAAAGGGUGGUUAUGAGUCAUUUUACGUACAUAUGACAAGAGAUUAUAUCUAUACAAAUGUAUAAACUGUAUAUAAACAGAGCUGUUCAAUGAUUGCACAGAGCACAAAAUGUGUCAUUUCCUUUUGUCAAAAUUUGAAUAAAUGGAUAUUCU